AUUUUUCGUCGCAUCGCACAGCUCGUCGCUCGUCGUCGCAUCUGUCAAAUUGGAAAUAUGAAAAUCAUUUGCGAGUGCAAAUUUUGAACAUCCUAAAGGAAACAAACCGAAUUACGUUUUAGCAGGCACUCCAGGGACAAUAUUCCUCGAUAGAGCUUAUUUUUUGCUCGGAAACGGCAAGGAUGAAAAUCACCAUCAAAACACUGAAGCAGGAGGCGUUCCACAUUGAGGUGGACGUCGAAAAGGACACGGUCCGGACGCUGAAGGAGAAGUUCUUCCAGGAAAGUAAAGACUACCCGGUCGAGCGGCAGCGACUUAUCUAUCUGGGUAAAAUCAUGGAAGACGAACAUCCGCUCAGUCAGUACAACUUGGACGACAAAAAGUUUGUUGUGGUUAUGAACAAAAAACCCACGACUGCGCCCGCGGAACCGGCUACUGCUGCUGCUGCUGCUACGACUGGUGCUGCUUCCUCUGCUCCCUCAACUGCUGCGGCUGCUGCUGCUCCCGUAAAAACCGAGGCCAGUGCCGUUUCCUCUGCUGCUGCUGCUGCGGCAGCAGACAAGCCGAAAGAAGAGGAAAAACCUAAAGAGGAAUCGAAACCAGAUGAGACUCAACAGGAUGACCUUCAAGUGAAAAUUCUAAGGAUAACAGAAAUGGGCUACUCCGAGGAGGAAGCUCGCAUUGCGCUGGAAAUUUGCGACAACAAUCCGGACCGGGCUGUGGAGUACCUGCUGUCCGAGAUUGCCACCAGCUCGAUGGGUGGCAGUGGAAUCGGCGGAGGCGGCGGCGGUGGAAAUUCCGGUGGCAGCGCAGCCAGUGGCCUUCUCGGUACCGGCGGUUCCCAGGAGAGCCGGUUGGCCUUCCUGCGGGAGCACCCGACCUUCCUGGAGAUGAAACGCCUGCUGCAGGAGGAUCCCAAUCUGUUGCCGCAUUUACUUCAGAAAAUCCAGUCCAGCAAUCCGGACCUGAUGCGUAUCAUUUCUGAGAAUCAAAUGGAAUUUUUGACGCUGGUUAACGAGGGCGCGGACGGUCCGGAGGGCCGGUCCGCCGUACCGCGCGAACUGGAAACGACUGCCGCCGCCAUGGUGGACAGUCUCAGCCAGGCCGACAUGGAUGCAAUCGAUCGGCUGAAAGCGCUCGGCUAUCCGGAACACCUGGUCAUUCAGGCGUACAUAGCAUGCGAACGGAACGAGUAUCAGGCGGCCGAUUUUCUUGUCUCGCAAAACCCGGACGAUGAUGAUUAAGCAUGCACACAGCUCUUUGUCUACAAGUAAGCGCUGGGGUUUCUUUCCUUUCUUUUUGUUUGUUUUUUCUUCCUGUCUUUCGCCUUGAUAAGCAACAUCUACUAUUGAGAGGGAGUGAAAAACACAAGAACAACAGAUGAACAAACAGUUUCAUUUUAACCUUGAUCGAAUUUUUCCUAUCCAGUUUGCGUUUGUUGUUUUUCCCUCUCGUUGAAAUUCUACAGAAUACAAAAAAAAAAUUUAGAAUUACUCCCAAAAAUUCACAAAAAUCUAAUAUAAAGCAACGCCCACUUUCAAUUGUUUAUUUAUAGAUUAUUGUUUUUGGAUUCGGUUCGCAGUUAGCCUACUUUGUGGAAAAUCUAGGCAGAUUAUAAAGAUUACUAAUUAGCUAUACUAAAAUUACUAUCCAUACACAAAUACACACAACACACACGUAAAUUCUUGAACAGUUUUUGCCCGAAUAAAAUUUAAGAAUUAUAU